AUGAGACUUUCCAUUCUUUUAGGAGCGUGCGUUGCCGCAGCUCCCUCACUUGCGCAGAGCGGCUGGAACAAUACUUCCAUUCGGCCUGGUGGAUCUCGGGCACCAUCAUUACAACCAAGCUCGGCACCCAUACUGACCCCAGCGUCGUCACGCCCAACUACACGCACCGGAUCAUCGCCACCAUCGUCCACCUCGGCACCGCCAACCACUGUCACGGUCAGCAAUGGAGACACCGUCGAUGUUGCACCAGGCGUCGUGGUGUUCGGAGGUCCGGGCGGUGGAUUCUUCACUGUCAACGGCGGCGCUGCCAUCCCAAUCGCAGCAGGGGCAACAGUCACGGCCAACCAAGGCAGCGAGGACCCUGCGCCAACAUCAGAGCCGCCUACUUCGGAACCACCCACGUCAGAACCGCCAACCUCAACACAGCCUACAUCAUCUCAGCCCCCGACUGGUACUCCCAAGCCAUACAUGAUAUUCCCUGCAGACGGCGCGGACACGGCAGCCUUCCUCACCACGCUCCAGGAUCUGGUCAAGCCGGAGGUGCCCCAGGUGGUUGACAUACUCGACACCGGGAGUAACUCCAACACUACGCUUAUGUGGGUCGCGAACCUGACCGACACCCAGCUCAAGGAGGUUCAGGGCAACAGUGCCAUCGACGGCACCAUGGAGAAUGCGAACCUCACAGCUACCGCACCGGCCGAAGAGGCCGAGGGACAGACCGUCACCCCACCCAAGCAAAAGCGGCGCAGCUUGUACGACAUUGCCAGGAGGGCUGUCAUUAAUGUUGACACGGAUGACUUUGACCUGAUCCAGCUAUCGACGGCUGAGGGUAGCCAGCCAGGCACCACUUAUGACUACGAUGAGACUGCUGGCACUGGCAUUUCUGUCUACGUUAUCGAGAGUGAUAUUCUUAUGGACCAUGACGAGUUCACAGGUGGUGGUCGGACGACUCGCAAGAUUACCGUACCGGAUAUGACUGGUGGAGGACUCCGCGGCGAGCGAGCGGAAUUCCACGGCACAUGCGCUGCGUCGAAGGCAGUCGGAAACACAGCGGGAUCGGCACCAAAGGCUGACUUCGUAGCCGUCGACAUGACGAAUGACGACGUCGCCACGCUGAUAGCAGCAUUCGCGAUGAUCGGCCAGGACGUGGCACAGAAGGGCCUGAAGGGCAAGGCCGUCAUUUCGUGCAGCUUGACGGCCAGUGAGGACUCCAUCACUGAGAUGGGCAUCACACGGCUCAGGCGGGUCCUCGGCGUCCUGGUCAGCCUGGACGUGCCGAUCAUUCUAUCAGCUGGCAACUAUGGCGGUGACAUUAACACGUACCCGCCCAUGCUUGCGGAUGAGUUGCCACUCAUCACAGUCGGUGCUGUGGAUGACAAGGGCGAGAUCGCAUCUUGGUCCCAGGGUGGUUCGCUUUUGACGACGGCUGCCGGUGGUGUGGGUAUUGUCUGUGCUACUAAUGAAGCACCGGAUGCGUAUCGGAUCCAGCAGGGCACUUCUUUCGCUGCACCACUCGUGGCCGGCAUGGUAGCUUACUGGCUCGGCCACCCAGACUACACCGAAGCAUUCCCAGCCUCACAGGUAGCCCAAGCCGCCAAAGACUCCGUGACCUCGCUGCACUGGGCGCGCGUCGAGGGCGGCUACAAUGUAGCGUACAACGGCGCCCACGAGUGUGUCGACGAUUCAGCUAGCGAAAGUGAGGGCAGCACCACGCCCACACGUCGCCGGGUCAUGCUGGAGGCCCGCCAGGCCGCUGGCAACGCCACGCUGGGCCUGGGCGGCAUCCUCGCUGCUUCGUGCCCGCUGCCUCCGUCCAGCUCAAGCUCGUCCUCGGUCAUCACCGUUGUGCCGACUACGUUCUCGACUGUCACCUCCACUGCGUCUGCCACUUCGACGGCGGCAGCGGAGACGAGUGCUCCUGCCAUUGAGCCGAUGUACUGCUACAGCUUUGACCCUGCUUGCUACGGAUGGUGCUGUCCAGAUGAGCCUGGUGGAACCUGCAGCUCCGAGUUCCCGGGCAAGCAAGGCUGCAGAUGCGGCGCUGGCGGCGCGACGAACGUAGUCCCGACUGAUGCGCAGUGCCCAAUGCCUGCUUAA